CGGUUUGCGGUAGUCUGCCUGCAUGGAUGACAGACGACACUGGGUUCAACAAGAGAAUAGGGAAUAAUAGACAUACUGCGCGUAGACCAUUUGGAUUGCGUGACUGCGAUCUCGAUCCCUAGUUUUCCAGCCAACCAUUUGUUCAUUUUCAUUUACUGUAUACUGUUUUGGAUUUAAAGAAGCUUGUGCUAAAGUUUGCGGGCUAACAAUGAUAUUGGUCAGUUAGCAAACCGGGGAGAUAAUCUGAGGUCCAGACGGGAGAGGCUUCGUGAACUGGGGGCGAUAGCAGUCACGCCCUAAUCCAGGGAUACCCAUCCAACCCAAACUAUGUCCUUCAACCAACACAAAGUGUCAUACAUGGAUCAUUUGUAGGUUUAUCGACUGUAGCAUAACGCCUGAAAGGAGUUCUGGAGGAGAUCAUCAUCACAGCCUCUCGACCUCUACCACCAUGAAUUCCCCUGUAUAUACAUUUGUGACCCGGGACGACAACAGUACAGUUUAUGCAGAAGUUGCGAAAAUACUUGUUUCGACUGGACACUGGAAGAGAUUGAAACGAGACAAUCCCAGAUUUAACCUGAUCCUUGGGGAACGGAACAGGUUACCAUUUGGACGCCUAGGUCACGAACCCGGACUGGUGCAACUGGUCAACUAUUAUAGAGGUGCUGAUAAACUCUGCAGAAAAGCAUCACUUGUGAAACUGAUAAAGACCAGCCCAGAGCUGUCGGACGCCUCAACCUGGUUGCCUGAGUCCUACAUCAUCUAUCCCACCAACCUCAACACCCCUGUGGCCCCGGCUAAGAACGGCAUCAGCCACCUGAAGAGCAACCCCAAGACGGAUGAGCGCGAGGUGUUCCUGGCCUCCUACCACGCCAGGAAAGAGAGCGGAGACGGGACGGUGUGGAUCGCCAAGUCAUCCGCCGGAGCCAAAGGUGCUGGUAUUUUGAUAUCCAGUGAUGCGAAUCAGUUACUGGAGUACAUUGAUAAUCAGGGGCAGGUCCACAUCAUUCAGAAGUACCUGGAGAAACCCCUCCUGCUCGAGCCUGGCCAUCGCAAGUUUGACAUCAGGAGCUGGGUGCUCGUGGACAGCCAGUACAACAUCUACCUGUACCGGGAGGGCGUGCUGCGCACCUCCUCGGACCCGUACAACAGCGCCGACCUGGACGACAUGACCAGCCACCUGACCAACCACUGCAUCCAGAAGGAGCACUCGCAGAACUACGGGCGCUACGAGGAGGGCAACGAGAUGUUCUUCGACGAGUUCCGCCAGUACCUGCUGAGCGCCCACCACGUCACCCUGGAGACCGCCAUCUUACCUCAGAUCAAGCAGAUCAUCAAGAGCUGCCUGUCGUGCGUGGAGCCUUCCAUCACCACCAAGCACCUGUCCUACCAGAGCUUCCAGCUGUUUGGCUUCGACUUCAUGGUGGACACCAGCUUCAGGGUGUGGCUGAUAGAGAUCAACGGAGCACCGGCCUGCGCACAGAAGCUGUACCCGGAGCUCUGCCAAGGCAUCGUAGACGUGGCGAUCUCCAGCGUUUUCAACCUCAACAGCGGCAGCGACUCCGCCUCCUCUUCUGGCUCCUCCUCUGGCUCCUCCUCCUCUGGCUCCUCCUCCUCUGGCUCCUCCUCCUCUGGCUCCUCCUCUUCCUCCACCCCAUACUCCUCCUCACCGUCCUUCUCCACCAUCACCCCUGGCUCAUGCUCCUCCCCCAAGCUGAGAGGGCCCCUUCACGUGGGACCCUUCACCAGACUGUAGGCACACCCCCCCCCCCCCCCGAGCUCGGUGACUCCCCCAUGCUUCGUCUCAUGCUGUCCUAGGGCUGCUCGAUUAUGGAUAAAAAUCAUAGUCACGAUUAUUUUGGUCAAUAUUGAAAUCACGAUUAUUCAAACGAUAAUUUGUUUGAGUUUGAAAAAAUGAUAUAUUUAUUCAGCAUGUCCCUCUCAAGAACUUUGAAAUUUCGCCUUAAAAAAAUACACAAAAUGGUCCAAAAGAAAAUGUUAAAAUCUAAAAUAAUGUACAGAUAGCUGUUCUGCACUUUCUUUCGAAAACUCGAUUAUGUUAAUUUUCUGAUCGUUUGACGCUAAAAUCAAAAUCGAGAUCGAAAUUCGAUUAAUCGCCCAGCCCUAUGCUGCCCCACACAGAAGGCUGUGGGUGUGCCAUGCCCCACGCGCCCUCAAUACACACCUAGCCCUCACAGGGUGGGGUGUGUAUUGAGUAUUGGGGAGGGUUUUGGGGAGGGUUUUGCAGUAUGCAGGCAGGGGUUUCAGCCCCUGCCUGCAUAAUGUGUUACAUGAUCAUGAAUGUGUUCUCCACUCCCAGGACGUGGGGACGGGGGGAAGUGAAUAAAAGACUUGGAUGUAAAUAUUGAAAGUGAAGAUGGAGGAGGAGGCAAGUGACGAGAUGGAUAAUAAUUGAAGGAUGAGUUUUAGAAAAGUGUGGUGCAGCCCGCCACCGCCCAUGCUUCCGUUGGAUGGAUAAGGAUGGACAAACGUUGGGCGAAGAUGGAAACCGAUAAUGGAUAAGUCAGAAGAACUGCAGUGCCUUUUGUGAAUCCCCAAGCCCCCACUCCCUUUAAAAGAAUCAGUCAAGUCUUUGUGUUCCCGUCGGCCUCGGCAGUAAUGAAUCGGGAAGGGAAAGUCGGGGAGGAUUGAUGUCUUUCUGGUUUGCUGAACAGAUGAUGAUCGAAGUCCUAAUGAGGUCUAUUGAGGUUUUACCCUGGAGGAGUUUGUUGAAACCUUCAGUCCUUCCUCUCGCUGCAAAUGGCCCGCUGCCAAGGUUUGACGGAGAAACACACAAGUUCAAAAUCCAAAUCAAGUAUAGUGCAGUCCCGAAUUCCUCUAUGCUGGUUGUGUGAAUGCUGCAGAAUCAGAUUACUUAAUGUUGGAAGGGUAGAAGGAGUGUGGAAGUGAGUUAGUAUUGUGUUUUCAUUUUCACACGCACGCAUCCUUGCACCUGCUUAGCUGAGCUCUGGGUAGGACACUAGACGGCUGUUCUGUCACAGGUAGUAAAACUACUUUACCACAUAGUCUCCUGCUGGUGAAAGCAUUGCUUCAGUACAAUAAUCCUAUCAUAUUUGAUACGGCUAGUGUAAAUCUAUGUUUUUCUAUUGCAAAAAAAGUACACCUAAACUAUCAAAAUCAACGAUUAUGGAAAGCAUUGACACUUUUUAUCGUUUCUUUAGGUUUUUUGGCACUAAGAAUAACUUGAUUUAAUGCUAGCCUAUUUCUUUAAAAUGUAACAUGAUUAAUGGUUAUCAUUUCUUACUCUUUAUAAAUGCAAAUCAUGUACUUACAAAAUGCUUCUUAAAAAUGAAUUUAUUUAAAGAACAGGAAAAAGAAAAUUCUGUUUGGAAGAAUUCAAGUGUAUAGAGCUUGUACAUCGCAUCACAAUGAUUCAAUGAAUGCGUUUUAUUGGACAGUGUGAGCUGUCAGUUGAUGGGGGUGCAUGACUAGAGUGUCCCGACAAAACAAGCUACUCCUAUUUACGGUAUAUAUUUAUGUUGGUUUAUGAUCGUACAGUACUGCAACACUCUUGAGCCCUCUCAAUAUGACAACAAAAACAUCCCAUGAUGCAUUAUGAUGUACAAGCCCUAUACAGACCAAUGCAGUUUAUCAGUGUCUGUAUACUUUUCCAAUACUUCUAAGUUUCAACCGUUUUUGAUUUGUCUUCACCAAAGAUGAACCUUCACUGUUCAAGCUUCAAGCCUAGGGGAACUCAAUUACCUGGCUCAUUAACCUCAUAUCACUGCCAUUUCACCUUGUUAAUUUAAUACAUUGUUUUUGUACUUAUUUUGCUACACUAUAGCGUAAACAGUAUUAUCGUAUUUGCCUGGUUUUUAGCAAUGUCUUGAGAAAAACACAAAAAAACAUGAAUUUUCUACUUGAUUUGUGUGACUUUUGUACAUUUAUUUUAGUAUUUGCAAUAAAGAUCCACUGGUCUUUCCUUAGCUCUUCAGCCCAAAAGUGUCCCUCAUGUUCCAAUGUAUUUUUUUGUUUAGUCCAGCGUCAGCAAUGGCAUACACAGAUCCACUUUCACAGUACUCUCCCAGCCUGUAUAUGGACAUUAUUUAUGUUUUUAUUUACUGUGUGCUGGUGUUUACAUGUUGACUGAGAAAUGAAGAAAUGCAGCCAUGAAGCAAAACACCAGUGGUUGUGGAAUGGGAAAUAAUUGAAGUGUAUUUAUUUAGUAAUGACUUAAUAUCAUGUUCUCAGAGGUGAUGCAUACGUGUGAAUAUCCACAUGCUUUGAUGUGUAGAAGCAUUACCCAGAUGUGUUGCUUGAUAAAGAAAUACAAAUAAAUGGCAUUUCUGUUGAGACAAGACGAUGUACACAAAUAUACAAAUGUCUUUAUAUCUGCUGAUCAUGUGGGGAAAUUAAAAAGUGUCAGUAUUUGAAAGAAAAACAUACUUGCUGGAAAAAGUCUUUCCAUCAAAGGGAAGGGGUGCCUUAGAGGGAAUCGCCUGUUGCAUUGCCUGAGAUAGACGCAAUCGACCUCCUGCAUGUAAAUGCACCUUCAUUUAUUCAAUUGAUUGUAACGCUCUGAAUUUGUUACCAUACCUUUGAAGGUUUACUGUUGGAUGUUAUUUCUUGAACAGCAUUGAUGUUAUAUCCUGCCAUGCACGUUUUGUUGCACAUCCUAUCAUUUUUAGACGGUAUUUUCCUCAUACAUCUUGGGUCCUCUUUCUUACCAAAGAAAACAUUGCUGUUUGUUUCCAGAUACAUUUCAGUGCUUUUAAAUGUUAUUAUUUUUGAAUGUCAGAUUGGAAGAUUAGGUGGUCACCACCUAGAAGCAGGCAUCCGUGCUAGUCAAAAUAAGUAAAUGCUGUUCGUGUGUUUCUGUAUGUUUUGAUGUUUUAUUAAAACCUGCACGAAACCAU